CCAGUAAUGGCUUUAAUGCGAAAAUCAGUCACCUGAGGGAGAGUUCAGGCGGAGGGAGAGCUUUUCUCCCCAUUUCAUAUCACUCCUUUCCCCCGAUGUAUGUGAGGUUUGUCUCCCGUCUUUUUUCAGGCAGUAUGCGUGCUUGCAUGGGAUUACAGCUGCUGUUUUGCAUUGGUUUGACCACAUUACUAGUUGGAAGACCCAAUAGUAGUGGAAGACAUGGUGGGAGAACUGGCUUGUGAAGUCAAAGGCAGCGAGAGUUUGGCCGGUGGCUCUGAUUUUGACACUGAAAUGAUGCUGUUCAGAUCUCCAACCCCAUUACCUUCAAGAGCCUUAUGUCACUCGCAGCUGUGUUUGCUCAGAGAUGACAUUCAGUACUCACUGGAAUGAGACUUGAGGCUAUUUCCACAGACCAUUUGAAGAUAUUUUAGGAUAUUUGCUUUUUUGUUUUGUUUUAUUGGAUAUCCUGCAGUAUGAUGUAGUUUAAUGAAGCGAUGGCUGGACCAAGGCCUGUGGUCAUGAGUGGACCAUCUGGGGCUGGGAAAAGCACUCUGCUCAAGAAACUACUCCAAGAGUUUGAUGGUGUAUUUGGCUUCAGUGUAUCCCAUACAACACGAAGCCCUCGUCCAGGAGAGGAGAACGGUAAAGAUUAUCAUUACGUGACCAAGGAAGUUAUGCAUGCCAGCAUAGCAAAUGGGGAAUUUAUCGAAAAUGCUGAAUUUUCUGGGAAUAUGUAUGGAACGAGUAAAGCAGCUGUACAGGCUGUUCAAGCCAAGAAUUUGAUUUGUAUUUUGGACAUUGACAUGCAGGGCGUGAAGAACAUUAAGAGAACAGAUCUCAACCCAAUCUAUGUGUCCAUCCAGCCUCCAUCAAUGGACAUCCUGGAAAAACGAUUAAGGGACAGAAAAACAGAGUCCGAGGAGAGUCUACAAAAACGUUUACAUGCAGCAAAGGUUGACAUGGAAAUAAGCAAAGAGCCGGGUUUAUUCCAUGUGCUCAUCAUUAAUGAAGAUGUUAACGUGGCAUAUGGCAAAUUAAAAGAUGCUCUUCUUGAGGAAAUCCAGAAGGUCAAAGACAACAACAAGGCCUAGAUGAGAACCCACCUGCUAACCGCAGCAACCUCUCCAUUCACUUUGUAAGGCUGGCACUGAAUUGUCUACACCCAAAAGGCUCUGUGAGAACCAACGUCAUAAAACUCUCACACAGAUGAGCAUCACCACCUAAGACAACACUCCCUACUUUUUAAGGACCAUAAAAUGCAAAUCAUACAUGUUUGGUAUCAUUCAAGAGGUCUCAGUGCAACUGGUAAAACGGUCUCAUUCCCUUUCAGCAAAGUCAAAUCACAAGAAAGAUUUAAGAACUUAGUAAAACACUGUAUUCUAUCAGGGGUACGACCCCUCCCAGAUUUCUCACAGAGACCAGAUGCUGUGUGCAGAUUAGGUGUAUUCUUUGUAAACCUCAAACGACCUACUCAAUCAAGUUUCAAAGGUCCACUUACAACUCCCUAAAUUGUAAACCAAAUCCUAAAUAACAUCAAACAUACACAUCUGAAAUAACAAUAGAAUCAUUUGAUACUUAAGGAAGGAUGGCAGAGGAGCUCUGGGAAUCUGUAAGCAGAUCUCCCAUGCUGUACCGCUGCAUGUAGUUUUGUCAAGUAUGUUUCUUUGACUUCUUUUAUUUUUAGAAAUGUUUAUUUAUUCUGAUCAUGAGUGAAAUUGGCUUUGAUUGAUUUUGUAACUUACGUUUUAAAUCCUACCUGACAAAUAAAUUGUUACUUUUUGAUUUAUUCUGUAUUCAUCCGAAAUCAUUUAUCACCGGUAGAUUCGAGGGACGCCCUUUGUUACCGCAAACUUAUGUCCAGGAUAAUGAUAAUUACUGGAGCUUAUGAAUAGGAGAAAACCACGUAAGACUACCAGUCACUGCUUAUCACCGUCUUAGCAAGUUGUAUGAAACGUGACUAAAUAAAACUAUCAUCUGGUUAUGAGCAAGCAGUAGGCGGCCGAACUGCAACCUCUGACUAUGAACGGGCUGGCGAUUUUGUGUCCGUGAGAUCUAUGCAAUUAAUCGGCCGGCAUAUGACUCUAAGCGGCAAUCGGGACCCGAAUGAAAGGAUAAUGAAAUUUAGGAUGAUUCAGAGUAAUCAAUAACUUAAAAAGAUCAAAUUAAAAAAAUGACCAGAAGUUAAUUAGAGCUGUAAUCUAAAUUAGAGGUCAAUUUAAAUUGGAGUCAGAUUAAUAUAAAAUUGGAGUCAGAUAAAAUGAAUAACGGAAUCAAUUUGUAAAGUGUAAAUUAACAAUAAUUGCUUUACUUCAGUGCUUAGAAUAGACAGAACAACGCAGAGACCUUCAAGGGCAAUUUAUUGAAGUUCCACUCCGGAACGGAUAGAAAAUUAUCCCUUUUUACAACUUCCAUCAUAAUCGAUGUUUUGAGAUCAGCACAUUCCACCCAGGGAAGAUUUUAUGAACUCCAACAGCAGCAGAAUGAAAAAUGCAUUCACUUAUUUAAAGGUGCAGGCUAAUGUUGUUUGUUCCAUGUUGAGUAGAUGCUGAACUUACCAUUAAUAAGACAAAGUGUGCUACUUUAAUUCCUUGGUGAGAGAUCAAAAACACAUGACUUUAUUUAAAACACUCAAGUCUUUGUCUUUGAAACAGGGUUGUGUUUUGAUGGACAUUUUUUGUUGAAGGAUGAGAUAAUGCACAAAACAAAUUGCAGACUUCACUAAUUUAUUUUUACAUUUUUCCAUGCUGACUAUGCUUAAGAUAACCUAGAUUCUGUCGUAGUUACUGCUGGAUAUACAUGGAUAAGUAGUUUUCCAUUUACAAAGUUCAGAGCUAACAUCUACACAUAUGGAUGGUGUGUCACAUCUAUACUUACAAGUCAAGCAAGGGUUUUUUUUCUAAACUUAUAACUCAUUCUGAAUUAAUGAUAGAGGUUGCGUCCAUGUUAACCAUGUUUUAAAUGCAUAUUACAUCCAUAUUGUUUAUGUUAAAGUGAAUUAUUGUCCAUAAUUAUAUGUACCUUGUUUACCAGCUCUGAGAGUUUUAUAAAGGGUUAAUGGCCAGUGCAGGAAUUGUUUUUUUGUACAGGGCAGCUUAUAAACAGCCAUGAGUCGUGUAGAACCAUAGUAUGUUUUAAGAAAUGAUUGUUGAGGUGUGUGAUGUUAUGUACAUAUGGAAAGCAUUUAGUCUCAUAUGUUUGCUGUGCUUUCGUAGAUUUUCAGAUGCUUCAGGUCUUUCUAAUGAGUCUAAUGUCUGACUUAAAAUAGUUUGGAAAUCAAAAUGUACAACCUGUUAAAAGCUUAGUUGUUAUAGUGUGCAGGUUGCAUUUCAACCCAAAAUCAAAAGAAAGAGAAAGUUUUACAUUUUAAUGGUCCUAAAAAUAGGCUUUAUUUUUUAAAGAAAAUAAAUGUAUUUUUGUUUUGAUUUGGGGGUGAAAUAUGAUGCAUACAUGUUCUUUACUUUUUUUUUUUUUAAAUUAUUAUUAGUAUUAUUUAUUUUAUUUAAACUACAAAACAUAACAUUUUUUUUUUUUACCCGAAUUUGUACUUGUGAAUUUUUUUACACACUGUUUAUUACCAAACAAUAAAUGUAUUAACAAUAAAAGUGCCUGAUGCCGAAAAACAGCGAAUCGGGUCAUUUGACUUAUAGUGAUGGAUCGUAAAUGGUCAUUUCAUUUGUUAAAAUAGGUGUCAAUGAUCAAGUCACUGUCUUUUCCCAUAUAUAACACCUGAGCUGGAACCGCUUACGGUCCACGUUAUUGAAGUUAUUAGUAUAAUAGAUUGACCUUUAAAAUGUGUUUUUGUAACUAUUUUAACUAGUAAAUACACUGUGGCUGAAGUUGAGCAAAAGUGAGGUUGCCAUCUCAAUGUUUAUAAGUUUCUCUCAAACCUUGAAGUACUGUAUACAUUACCCAUCAAUUGCAUUACAGUUAGUGCAGGGAGCAUAAUAAUUAUUUAACAUGUUUUUGGCAUACAUUUUAAUGUAUAGACACCAAUGAAUCUAGUGGAACUUUAUCAAAAUGGAACAAAGGUUUUGAAAACUUAAAGACUCCAUGGUUUGUCUUCUCUAGGGUUUGUUACUUCUGUACAACUUUAUCUCAGUUUCACGUCAUUCCUUUGUGCACCUUGAGACAAUUCCUUAAGUUGUGUUAGAAACAUGUCAAACAUUGUUUGUGGUGUCUGUUUGAAAAUCACUUUGAGAAAUGCAUUUAUAAACCAAAUAUGUCAUUGCUGUUUUUAAUUUAUAUUCUAGAACUAUUAACAUGUACCGUGCAAGUGUAAUAAAACUACGCCAAGUG